AUGGUGUCAGGGAGAGAUUUAGAAGCAUUGCCAGAACGUGAAGGAAAUGCGAAAGAUUUUCAGCGGAGACUGCACCAAGUUUUCCAAAGAAGAGGGGAUUAUAAACAACCUAAAGAUUAUUUCUUUAAAGACUGGGAGCAAUAUUCAUUGGGAUUUGGUAAAUUAAAUGAAGACUUUUGGCUAGGUAAUGACAAAUUAUUUGCUUUGACAAAUCAAGCAAACUAUUCUCUAAGAAUCGAUAUGAAAGACUUAGAAGGAAAUAAAAGAUAUGCAUUUUAUAAAGAAUUCUGGAUCGAAAAUGAAAGACAACAGUAUAAAUUGCAUGUUUCUGGUUUUGAAGGAGAUGCAGGUAAAAACUUUUAUUAUAAUAAAAUGAAAUAA